UAAAUAUAAAAGAUAGGUUAUAAUUUCGUAAAUUGUAAAAAUUGGUGGCAUUUGAAAUAUUCUUGACAUUAGUGUAAUAGACUUAGUUACACUUUAACUAAAGUAAUAAUAGAGAAAAUUGUAUAGUAUAACGAAAUAAUAUUCUCUAAGGUACCUUUGACUUUGAUUGCUUUGUGUUACACAAAGUUUUAUAACAUGGAGGAGAGAAACGAUAGAAAUGAGGAGUUCACAUUUGAAUUUCCUCCUGUCUGGCCUGAUAUCAAGACAGAAUUGAGAGGAUAUAUUGAAUGUCUGGAUAACUUACCAAUGUAUAAUUUAGACAAUUCGCAGUGUUAUUGGCCAAGAAAACCAGACAUCUUAUCCCUUUUAGAUACUGAUUUAGCACCACUUGGUACUACGUUAAAAUUUGAUCGAGAUCCUAUAACUGGAAAGCUUGGAGAAAUGCAUGAAGUGGUGUUAGAGUCAGCAGGGAAAACUGCAAGAAAUUCAAUGUCUAUGACUCGUGCACCAGAACCACCUACAGAUGAUAUUCGUGGAAAUACCAGCAAUAUUUUAUUCUGGCCUGGUGGUUUUGAUGAACCUCAAAUAAUUGAAGACUCAUCAGUAGAGGAGAUUGACUUUGAAAAUAAUUUGAGAACUUUAGCCAAAGGUUUCAGUGCAGGUGUAGAGUUUAAAAGUGACAAUUGCACUCCAAAAGAGGUGUCCAUGCAAGAACAGCAAAUAGAAGUAGAAAAAAAUGAAAUUGAAGCUAUAGCAGAUAAAAUUAAUUUAAUGGCUAUUGUAAAUGAAGAACGAAAUGUGUUUGAUUUUUGGUCAUCAGAGAAAAAAGAAGCAGAGAAAAAAUCGAAGGAACCUCCAAAUACUCAGCAAUCAUCGUUUGAUGAUAUCGCUUUGUUAUUAGAGAACAUAGACAUUCCUGUUCUAAAGAUUUCUGAGAAACGCCCGGAAACAACGAAAUCGGAAUGGGCAGAACAAUUGGAUGUGUCUGUUCCAAUAACUGAUUUUGAAAAAAGAAUUCCUGAAUUGGCCAUGAGUUUUCCAUACGAAUUAGAUACCUUUCAGAAACAGGCAAUUCUUAAAUUGGAGGAAGGUUGUAAUGUUUUUGUUGCCGCUCAUACGUCAGCCGGGAAAACAACAGUAGCGGAAUAUGCAAUUGCUCUAAGUCAGAAACAUAUGACAAGGGUCAUCUAUACGUCUCCGAUAAAAGCACUUUCGAAUCAGAAAUACCGAGAAUUUAAAAGGAAGUUUGAUAGUGUAGGUUUGUUAACGGGAGACCUGCAAAUUAAUUCAGAUGCUUCCUGUCUUAUCAUGACUACAGAAAUUUUAAAAUCAAUGUUAUAUGGCGCAUCUGAAGUUUUAAGAGACUUAGAAUUUGUUAUAUUUGACGAAGUACAUUAUAUUAAUAAUGACGAGCGUGGUCAUGUCUGGGAAGAAAGUGUUAUUCUUUUACCAGAAACAGUUACGAUAGUAAUGUUAUCCGCUACUGUACCAAACCCUAUAAUAUUUGCUGACUGGGUCGGUCAUACUAAAAAGAAAAAGAUGUACGUGAUAAGUACUAUAAAGAGACCAGUGCCACUUCAGCAUUAUUUAUAUACUGGAACUGACGGUAAAACCAAAGAUGAAAAGUUUUUGGUGGUGGACGAAUGUGGACAAUUUUUAUUGGAUGGGUGGUACAAAGCAACAAACGCCAAGGAUUCGAAAAACCAAAAUUCGAAAAAUGUUAAAGAUGUUAAGAGAAAAUCAAUGUCACAACAGAUGACUCCAAAGCAGGAGCAAGUAUUAUGGAGUGCUUUUAUAAGCCACCUAAAGAGCAAUAACUUGUUGCCCGUUGUUGUUUUUAUGUUAUCGAGAAAACGUUGUGACAUGAGCGCCUAUAUAUUAAGAAAUAUUGAUCUUACAACCGAGACUGAAAAGCACACUAUUAGAACAUUUUUUCAAAAUAAUAUUAGACACUUAAAGGGCAGCGACAGAGAGUUGCCGCAAGUACUUAUGAUGCAAGAAUUCUUGCAAAAUGGGAUUGGUAUACAUCACAGUGGUAUAUUACCAAUUUUGAAGGAAAUAGUAGAAAUGCUUUUUCAAAACGGUGUCGUAAAGUUAUUAUUCGCAACAGAAACGUUUGCAAUGGGUGUGAACAUGCCAGCACGUACCGUAGUCUUUGAUUCUAUUAAAAAAUAUGACGGCAAUAAUUUUCGAAUACUUCAUCCCACUGAAUACAUACAAAUGGCUGGUCGAGCCGGCCGUAGAGGCCACGAUACAGCAGGAAUGGUAAUCGUUAUGUGUCGGAUCGCGGUGCCUCACUUCAACGAAUUGAAAACGAUGAUGUGCGGACAAGCACAAAAUUUGGAAUCGAAAUUCAAAGUAACAUAUUCGAUGGUUUUAAAUCUAAGAAGACUGAACGAGUCGGUGACGGUCGAAGGAAUGAUGCGGAGAUCGUUUAAGGAAUCGGCUGUAACCUUGAAACAGAAUAUCUAUAAGACUGAACUAGAAAAAGUGGAAGAAGAAUUAUCCAAGUUACCACCUUUGACUGAUGUGCAGAAGAAACUUUCUGAUUUUUAUCAAGUAGCCACUGAUUACUUAGAAUACCUUAAAUAUCUGAAACCUUACAUAUGCGAAACACAGAAGAAAGCAGUAAAAGACUUAGUACCUGGCAGAGUUUUGCUAAUAUCUUACCAGAGUCAUUAUAAUAAAUUAGCUCUCUUAUUAAGCACUGUUCAGCAUAAAAUUGGUAGACAGUACAGAGUAUUAGUACUGAAAAAUUCGGAAGUGCCAAAGUCUGGAGAAGAUAAAUCAGAAGAAGAAAGAAAUCAGAAGUUUAAGAAGACAGAGAAAUGGCAUGACAUUGUUGCUUUAACAAAAAAAGAAGUAUUUGUGCCAGUUGGAGUUCCGUCUGAUGAAGUACUAAACAUAUUCGCUUGGAACAUAUUAGAAAUAACUAAUUGUCAAAUUAAAAUUGAUUGCAAUCUAGUUAUCGCAAACUGGGAAAAAAGACAGUUACCAAGAUUCAAAACCGAACCUCCUAGUCAAACAUACGAAACAGCGAUGCAGGAAUUAAUGAAACUAUCUUUUAACGCUUCACGCGAUCCUUCCGUUUUGCAACCUUAUACAGAGAUGAAAUUGAAGUACGAUAUAGAUAUGAAAAUACAACAUUUGCUUGAUUUAAAGAAGGUUAUGUACGAUAUGAAGUGCACGGAGAUUUCAAAUUUCGAAGAACAAUUUGAAACUGUAUUUGAACGCAGCGAAUUAGAAAGUCAGAAAAGGAAACUUCAACUUCAACUUAGCGACGAAGGAAUGAGCUUAUACCCAGAGUAUACAAACGCCGUUGCACUUCUCAGAGAUUUAGGAUAUAUAAAUGAGAAUGAAACAGUUGCUUUAAAAGGCCGGGUUGCUCUACAAAUGGGAAGUAACGAAUUACUAAUUACAGAGCUUAUUCUUAAGAACGUUUUAACUGUACUUCAACCAGCAGAAAUAGCAGCAUUGUUAUCCGCUUUAAUAUUUCAACAACGAACAGACGCUGAACCAGAUCUUACACCUAACUUGCAAAGGAGUUGCGAGGUAUUGAAAGAAAUAUAUACCGAGUUGGAAACUUUAGAACAACACUAUCAGUUGUCAACGUUACAACCACUAAAUUUCGGUUUAGUGGAAGUGGUUUACGAUUGGGCAAAAGCAAAAUCGUUUGCUGAUAUUAUGGAGAAAACAGAUGUACAGGAAGGAAUUAUAGUACGGUGUAUUCAACAACUAAGCGAAACACUACGGGAUGUUAAAAACGCAGCCGUUACUAUAGGCGACCCCGUUUUAAAGGAGAAAAUGGAAGAAGCUUGCACGGCCAUCAAACGGGAUAUCGUUUUCGCGGCAUCUUUGUAUACGCAAGAUUAAUCUAUAUAUAAUAAUUUAUUUUGAUGUAUAAAUAUGUGAACAUUUUAAAUUUUGAUCGACAAGAGAUAUAUAUAUAUAUUUUUAUAAUUCAUACAGUAUUUGUGAAACAUACGUUCGGAAAUUGUAAAUUAUCAUUUUUCUUUAUCGCAAAUGUAAAAUUUUUAAACUUAGUUUUAUUUUGUAAAAUGUAUUCCUUUGUGUUUAGAUGUUACGAUAAGAGUACGAAUCAGUGGAAUAAAAUUGUUAUUUAAUAUGAAACAA